AUGCCGUCGUUUGAGAGUGUGCUGCUGACCCUGGCUCCAGCCACCUCAGGCAUCCUGUCCUUGGUGGGGUCUAGCUGGAUUAUUUGGAUGUUGGUACCCAAAUGUCGUCAACGAAGCAGCAGCAGCAAUGACAAUAAGCUGGAUCAAGUCAAGUAUCGUCUCUUGCUGGGAAUAUCCGUGACAGACGUCUUUUUCUCGUUGGUGAUUCUGCCAUGGGCACUCUACAUGCCCGCCAACGACACGGAUGUAUGGGGAGCCAUGGGAAAUAAACAGACAUGUGCUGCACAAGGGUUUCUGAUUCAACUGGGUCACAUGUCUAGCUUUUACCAGGCCGGUUUGAGCCACUACUACUACACCACCAUUUGCCAUGGCAUGAGCAAUCAAGACUUUCGACGGUACUAUGAACGCAUCAUUCACGUCAGUGCCGUGGUUUGGCCACUUAUCACAGCCGUGGCUGCCUUGGUGAUGGACCUAUACAACCCAAUGUCCAUUGGAUGCUGGAUGGCACCAUAUCCAUUGGGAUGCAACAUCGAUGGCAGUGAUAUCCCCUGUCAACGAGGAAGAUGGGCACCCGUCUUUGCCUAUGUCUUUACCGGGAUUCCCGUGUCUCUCUUCAUGACUUAUAUUGGAUACACCAUGCUACAAAUAUACUUUAAAUACAGCAGUACUCCUCCCAAGCAUUGGGCAACACUCAUCCUCGUCCUUUACGACGAGCCAGCACUUUCCAUCAAAAGCGACCAAGAAAUACAACACCGACCAUCCCAACGAAGACACAGCAUCACUGCCGGCAUGGCCACCACGGUACCAGUACAGCAGUACUCCUCCCAAGCAUUGGGCAACAGUGACAUACGCACGUCUAUGACGUGGCGCUUUAACGCUAGUUUUAAGUCUAAUCUCACAAUAUUCCGAUCGUAG